UCUUUCGUCUAUUGGCUGCUGACUCUGUCGAUGCUGGCGAAGAACCGCGCCAGCCGUCGUAGUGCAGCCCGGGAGUUGUAGUUCGGUGGACGCCUUGCGAGCAUGCGCAGUAGGCGGGCUAGCGCCGGGGCUUGCGGCGCUAACUUCCGCCCCGGUGGCUGAGCGAGUUUGGGCGGAGUCGAGGGCGUGCGCCUUCGAAAGAUACUCCUUUCACUGGUAUCCAGCAGAACUGUUUCCCAGUGGUAUGAGAAGUGAUGGAACCUAAUCCUGAGUGGACGUGGCAACCAGUGAGCCACUUCAUUGAAGCAAAUUAUGGCUGCAGCAAGGAGCCCCCAGGCACACCCAUCCCCAAGCAAGACCACACAGGGACAGAAAUCAGCCCUUCAUAGCAAAAGCCCUGACUAUGAAGCUUCCCGCCAGCACUUUAGGCAGUUCUGCUACCAGAAGGUAGCUGGCCCCAAUGAAGCUUUUAGCAAACUCUGGGAACUCUGUUGUCAGUGGCUGAGGCCUAAGACACACUGAAAAGAGCACAUUCUGGAGCUGCUGAUCAUGGAGCAGGUUCUGAGCAUCUUACCAGAGGAGAUCCGGACAUGGGUGAAGGAGCAGCGUCCAGAAAAUGGCGAGGAAGCUGUGGCUCUGGUUGAGGAUGUACAGAGAGUGCCUGGGCAACAGGCUCUUAUGCCAAGAAUCUUGUUAAAGGAGCAUCACAGCACAUGGAGAGGCCAUUGGGUAUGCUGGUGAUCCUCAAUCUUGAGUGUGCCACAGACUCAUUUUGGGGGUGUGUUCAAACAGAUUCUCAGGCCUCACCCCCCAGCACUUCUGGUCCGAGUAGAUCUGAGCCUGGCUUACUCUGCACGCUCCCAGGAACCAUCCCCAGAAGAGGGGUCUUCGAGACCAGGAGACAGGUGCUCUGCUUUGGAUAGGAGGGGACCAGCUGGUGUGCACUGGGGCUAUGAAGAGACCAAGACACUCCUGGCCAUUCUCAGUAAUUGUCACUUUUAUGAAAAACUCCAGACUCAUCAGCAGAACAUCCAGAUCUAUAGGGCCAUGGCAGAACAACUGCAGGAGCAGGGCUUUCUGCAGACCCCAGAGCAGUGUCUCACCAAGUUCAAAAGCCUACAGUUACGUUACCUCAAAGUGAGGAGGGGCCACGUGCCUGAGCCUUGUACUUUUCAUGAGGAAAUGGAUGUCCUUUCACGCUCCUGGGCUUCCACAACAACUGUUACAAGUGAUGCUGUUUGUGGCCAAGAGGGAAGUGAUAUGGAUGCUGGAGAGUUGAGUCAGCAGAACAGGAAGGCCACAGAGCUUGGAGAAGCUACCACUGUGGAUGGUGCUGCUGGGGAUGAAAAGGACUUCAGGGAUCCUGGCCAGGAAGUUAGCAGACUUGACCUGUCACUCCUGUUACCCAACAGACUUGUCUAUUGUAUUUCUCUUCUUCCAGAUUUUGGGGUCAAGAAUGGGAUUAAAAAUGAGAAUGUGAAAUGGGAUGAUUCAGAGGAAGCAGAAAUGAACAAGGCCCAGUGGAGAAAGUCUAGUGAAACUUUUUGGUACUCUGAGCUAACAAGAGGCUGGAAGGAUGAGCCAAUGUCAGGCAGGCAACAUAGAUGUUCUCCAGGUGAGAGUGAGGAGAAACCCCCAUCCCAGGAGAGGAUGAGUCACCAGAGACUUCAUACUGGGAGGAAGGCCUGUGGAUAUCUCCUGUGUGGGAGGAAGUGCUCUCAGAGUUCUCCCUCACCAUCAGCCGGCUCCAGAACUGGAAGAAGCUUCUUGUAUUGUUACAAAUGUGGGAAAAGCUUUAGCCAAGGUUCUUAUCUUGUUCAUCAUCAGAGAAUCCACACAGGAGAGAAGCCUCACAAGUGCAGUGAAUGUGGGAAGGGCUUUAGUGAGCACUCCACCCUCACAACUCACCUAAGAACUCACACCGGGGAGAGACUCUACCAGUGUGGAGAAUGUGGGAAAAGCUUCAGCCAGAGCUCCAGCCUCAUUGUCCACCAGAGGACCCACACUGGGGAGAAGCCCGAUCAGUGCCCUGUCUCUGGAAAGAGAUUCAACAACAGUUCCCGGUUUAGCAGCCACCACCCAGUCCAUCCUGGGGAGAGCCCAUACGAUUGUGAGCAGUGUGGGAAAAGCUUCAACAACAGCUCCCACUUCAGGGCCCGCCAGAAAACGCACACUGGGGAAAAGACUUACAGGUGCUGUCAGUGUGCAAAAAGCUUCACGAAGAACUCUGCCCUCAUACGCCAUCAGGGGGUACAUAAAUGAGAUACCCACAUCACAGGAAGGAGGAGAGAUGCCAUGAGUGUGUAGGAAACCUGACAGAUCAAUUCCUUAGGUCAACAUAUGUUAUUUAGAGCUUCCUUCUGCUUAUGGAGAGUUCUACCAGCCAAUCCCUGGCUUAGCAGUAGAGUUACUGACAACCAGUUAAGCACUUCAGAACCAUGUCCGGGAAUAGGAAUCAGCAUAUGAAUGAUAAAUUCUAGCUCCUCCUACAACUCCAGAGUAUUCUCUCACUGUGGACUUCAAUUUUUCUUUGAAGGGAAGAAGGCUAUAGGAUCCAUAAGUCCUGCCAGAAAGCCAGAGUGUCCUUGUUUUGAACAGAGAAUGAGUGGGUAGUGGUCUGAAAAGUGUUUCUGCACCAUGCCAGGGAAGGAAUUGUUUCUCCUGGUGGGAAGCACAUCUACAGGGUAAUAGCGUGGACCUAUUCUUAACGAAUAGUUGACCUCUAGGCACCUGCUGUUAGGUACUGCUGCUAACUAGAGCAUGUCACUACUCUGGAAUCCAGCCACCACCAAAAAUGGAACAAAGGGUAGGAAGGAUAGGUUAGGCCACUGGUUAAUACUAAAUCUAAGUGACUUAAUCUUAGAGCAAGUGGAACAUCUUUGAUAAUCUUUGUAAGAUUCCUGGUUUCUUGUCUCUUAUAGUGAUGUUUUUACAAGUUUAUAAGCAUUACUGUUUCUGAUGAAAAUAAAGGUGUUUCUCCCUCCA